AUGCCUAUGCGUGUGCUGGGUGUUCGAAAAGCUGCGGCCUUGGCCUUGGCUGGGGAGGCAGACGCAGAAUGGCUAGUCUUGCGCAUGGAGGGUCGCAGUGUGGCGGUCAUGCCUGUGCUCCGGCGUCCCGGCGGCCUGUUGCUGGCGGCGGCGAGGCACGCCUUCACUUCGGCAGAGAUCGAGAGCAAGAAGCUAGAGGGUGUGACCGAAGAUCUGGGCCUAGUGGGUCAGGUGGAGGUGCCGGGCACUUUAGUCGAUGGCUCGAUGGCCGAGGUUCCUUUGUUACUUUUCGACUGGCCCUCGGCCCUCUACAAGUUCCUUCGGGUCGUGACGGGCGACUCUUGGCCACCCAACCUGAUCCGGCCUCGACAUGGCGAGGUCACCGACCUCACACUGGACAUGGACAGCCUGUGCGAUACGGCUCGCAGCUGGGUGGAGGAUGGCGAGAUGAGCCUGUCAGAGGCUUACCUGACGGUGUUGGAGGGCCGGGCCCCUACUGCGGAACCGGCGGAGAUGCCUCCAGGAGGCUUCCCGGCCGAUUUGAUGAAUCAGCUUAUGGAUCGCAUGGAGCAGACGGCAGCGGCGGUGGCUGGCAUCAAGGACGACCUGGAGAAUGUCAAGCAGGCAGCAUCCUCAUCGCAGCAGCCUCCGAGAGCUAUUGGGCCAGCAUUGGCGCGAGCAAAAGCUUUGGUUGGACCUGCUCCUCGGACCACUGCCUUACCCACCAUGGAUCGCCAGGAGCCUGCAAUUCCGGGGGCCGGUACCGGGCUCGAGGCCGAAGAGGAGGACGCCGGCGAGCUGGGCACCGAGGAUCUCAUGCGGCUGGCUUUGGUGAACUUGUUAAACAAGGAGACCAAAGGCAAGAAGAAAAGCUCGCGAACGGGAUUGCCGUUGACUCAGUCGGCUUCCGAAUCCGAGGAGGAGGACCCGCUUCGGAGACUUUCAGGCGCAAAAGGCACCAUGUUAGUGGAGAGAUUGCGGGCAGCAAUGGAAGCCGACCCAGCUGCGUACUCGAAUGCCAUCGAGAACCUUGCGGCGCAAGUGCUGGGCGAAUCCGCCCCGAACCAGAUGACCCUGGAAAGGUACGUGCGCGAAGAACUUCCCAUGGGCAACGAGCGCAGUCUUGGGUUCGCGGCUUGGAUCAUGGUACGGGCCCUGACGUGCAUGAAGUCGGGGCAUUGGGAGAAAGGCCGGCUGGUUCUCACUUUAGGCCUGGCGGCGAUCGAGCAAUAUCGUCUGGACAACAACUGGACAGCGGCCUGGCGCUUGACCCAGCUGAGCCAGCCGCCCUUCUCGGAAUGGAGGUCUCGCGAGCCGUACAUGGGCCAGCUGCGUGCCGACCACGCGCACAGCCGGUUGGUCCAUCCUACGUGGGCUGCUGCGGUGGUCGCUCGGUUGAAGGACGAGGAGGUCGCCCCGACGACCGCCCUCCUCGAGGAAGAGGCCGAGGCCGCGGAGCCGGGGCAGACGCGGCUCCAUCUUAACUGA